UUAUCUUCCUUGGUACAAACGCACACGAACACUCAUAUAAAUUUCUUUCCUCUCUUCUUGCGUGUUUCAGGUUACGGAAGUGUCGCCCCGAAGACGGGAUUAGGAAAGGCCAUGACGAUGGGUUACGCAAUUUUCGGGAUUCCGUUGACGCUGCUCUAUCUGUCGAGCGUCGGAUCCAUCCUCAGCCGAAUAGCCAGAGGCGUGUUCUCCAGGGCUCUGUGCUGUUGCCUCUGCUCGAACUGCGGCUACUGCUGCUACGACGAGAAGAGGAUGGCUGAAAAGGAGAGGAGGAUGAAGAAGAAGCGUCAGCAGUUGGAGAUGCAGCAGCAGCUGGCGUUGCAGGAACCGUUCUACGUGCGCUCCAAUUCUGGCUUCAGCAACAGCGUGCAUUCACCGGUGAAGGAUAUUGAUAGCGUCAGCGGCACGGACAACGAGUCCAAGGCUUCGAUGCACGGAUUAUCUAUUUUAGCUCCGAUCAUUCUAUGCUUGUGCAUCAUGUUCAUAUACAUCUGCAUCGGUACUUUCGCUCUCUACAAACUGGAGGGUUGGACUCUUUUGGAUGGUUUCUACUUCUGCUUCAUGAGUCUGACCACCAUCGGCUUCGGGAACAUGAAUCCCGGUGGAGAAGCCUUCACCGGUUACGAGUCCAACACGACGAUCUGGUUCUGCUCGCUUUACAUCAUGUCCGGAAUGGCGCUGACCGCGAUGUGCUUCAACGUCGUCCACGACGAGAUCGUCCAUAGGCUCAAGCACGAGGAGAAGAUCAUCCGCAAGGCCGCCUCCACGAGCUUCCCCGACGACCUCAACGCCGUCGACCCAUUCAACUUGACCUCAUGACAGUUCAACAUGCAGAACAA